AGUUUUGGAGUUAUGACUGACUUCAGGAUGACUAAGAGUGGCCAUGUGUUCCUCAGUCCUGCGGUUAUUACAUGGGGCCAGAGGAGACGACACAGUGAUGUAAGUAUUCAUUCUUACUAUUGCAUAUGAUUAAGAGACUGAGAGAUAAUGUAGUCAGAUAACUGUGAUCUUAGGUAUCUUACAGUGUAGUGUUAUAGAUACACAUCUGUUCACCAUUACUCUGUAGCAGUCAGAAGAGCUGCUCUCACUUGACUGUAAGUCUUAUCAUUUUAUAUUUUAGUCAUUUAGCAGACGCUCUUAUCCAGAGCGACUUACAGUUAGUGACUGCAUACAUUAUUUUUAUUUUGGCCCCCAGUGGGGCCAACUCUACCAACUGAGCUACAUCCCUGCCGGCCAUUCCCUCCCCUACCCUGGACGAUGCUGGGCCAAUUGUGCGCCACCCCAUGGGUCUCCCGGUCGCGGCCGGCUACGACAGAGCCUGGAUUCGAACCAGGAUCUCUAGUGGCACAGCUAGCACUGCGAUGCAGUGCCUUAGACCACUGCGCCACUCGCCACUUAUAUUGAUGUGUAAUUUCUCAUGUGGACAGAGAUUGGUUUUGGUAGCACUCCAUUUCCAGUAGCUACAGAGACAGUGGAGAGGCUAGGAAAGGAGAUCAUUAGGUCAGGGUCGGUCUUUACUGCUGUUUCCAGUCCCGUCACUUUCACUCGUUACCAUGGCAGUACCUCUCAAUGGUCUGUUUGUCUCUGGCAGAGAGUUCAGUCACCCCACACAUGUAGGUUACUACUGCACUCACAUGUUUGGUAGAGGGGUUGGUGAGGUGAAUAUUUUUGUAUGCAAAACAGUAAUAUUUCUGUUUUGGGUUCCGAUCCUCACUGAUUAUUUGGUCCAUGUUAGUUUGCACUCAUGUUUGCUUUCAAGGCAGCAGUAUGAUCUGCCAGCGUAUUAUAUGACACUGUUUGUUCACACAGGGAACAAUGGGUUGCACCCAUGGCUUUAUUAAAACAAGCCAGUGUUGGUCAGUAUGUGCCCCUACAGUAAGUUUUGGUGUGCUCAUAGUAAAUUAAUGUUGUCAUGUGGAAACAUUAGCUUGACACCCUAGUCCACUUGUGUUACAUGGUACAGAGAGUGCCUCACUGGACAACAAGCUGGGCUGUCAUUGGCUAUCUCACCCAAUAGCACAGUCUUUAAUUGGUAACUUCCCUAGUCCAUGUGUUGUGGUCAGGAUGGAACUGCCCAGCAUCAGGAUAGUGGGCUUCGUGGAGAACAACUGCCUGGCUGUGGGUAUUCCUUCUCUUAUCUUGGAUAGAAUAGAUCCUCAAGCCUCAGUAGAGUACAACUGCUUGACAGUGAGUAUCCUUUCUCUUUAUGAGUUCUUGUAUUUUUACAUUUGAGUAAUUUGCAGAUGCUCUUAUGCAGAGAAAUUAGGGUUAACUGCCUUGCUCAACAGCACAUCGCCACAUUUUUCACCUAGUCAGCUCGGGGAUUUGAACCAGUGACCUUUCAGUUACUGGCCCAAUACUCUUAAGCGCUAGGCUACCUGCCGCAACCUUAUCUGGGAUAGAAUGGAUUAUGCAGUUAAUGGGAGCUGAUAGUGAAUAGAGUUUGUAAUGAGGUUACAGCACUGGUGUUGAUUUUUGGUUAAAGGAGUCUGGAAGUGAUGGAUCUUUGGCUCACUUCCAGCAGGACUUGUACAGUACACUACUAUUGAUUAGAAAUUAACAGGGCUGACAGACGGGGGGUAAUAUUAGACCCCAUGCAUCUAAUUUGUUUUCAUUUUCUGACUUCUCCUCUCCCCAUUCCGUGUUGAUCUAAUGGGCUAAGUGUGUUACGGUCACACAUCAACACAUCCUGAGUGUACAGAGUUAACACACAGUCUCAGGCAGUCAGCUAAGGUGGUUAGUGGCUGUUUGCAACCUUAAUAUUCCCUCCCCUUCUUUAGAGGCACUGGGCUUCACACUGCCGGCUCCUUCAGAGGAAAAUAUCGGUGUUUCCAGGCGAUUGUUUUCCAGUGUUAGGAGCGAUUUGGUGAAUAGUGAAUGGAGCCUCAGUGAGGGUGAUGGUGUGCUGGGGUGGUGUGACUGGCCUGGGAAAGAAGCGCAACACAUUGAUGCCAUGGAGCAUGCAGUCAGAGGCAGGUUGGAAAGUAAAGAGGGCUCGGCUCAACUACACUCCCAGCUCCACAUCCAGAAAUGUGUUGGGAUGAACACGAGAAGAAGAAGACUGUAGAGCCAGCAUAUUUUACCAACCAGUAAACCGCUCUCCCUCUUUGAUUUGUUUGUCUCUCUCCCUCAGACCUCAGACCUAUUUGCAAUGAUCGAGAGAAUGCAGGUACAGUAAGUUGUCUGAGAUCUCUGCUGUAUACUAUACUCACUACUUUGUCUUCUUUGUAGUUUCAGUUUACUAUUCUUGUGGGGACUUCUGGUCCCCACAAGUAUAGUUAAACAUGUCCACACACCCACACAUACACACACACACACACACACACACACACAGUCUUGUAUAACUAACCAUGUGGGGACACACAAUUCAGUCCCAUUCAAAAUCCUAUUUUCCCUAACCCCUAAUCCUAAACCUAACCCUAAUCCAUACCCUAACCUUAACCUUAACCUUAACCCAAAAACCUAACCUUAACCCUAAACCUAACCCUAGCUCCUAAUCCUAAAACUAACCCUAUCUCCUAACCCUAAACCUAAUUCUAACCCUAACAGUAAUUCUAACCCUAAACCCCCUAGAAAUAGCAUUUGACCUUGUGGGGACUAACAAAAUGUCCCCCAGUUGGUCAAAAUUUGUGUUUGUUGACUUCUGGUCCCCACAAUUUUAGUUACGCACACAAACACACACACACACACACACACACACACACACACACACACACACACACACACACACACACACACACACACACACACACACACACACACACACACACACACACACACACACACACACACACACACACACACACACACACACUGUGCAGUAAUUAGAAUCCAUAGAGCAGCUUUAAGUGAUACAGUCUACUGUUUGCUCACCCCUCCGCUGCCUAUCUCCAUCGCUUUCCCUGUGUCUUCUGUUGCUGUCUCUCUUGUUGCCCUCUUCUGUUGCUUUCUCUUGUCUACCUUCCUCUCUCGUCCUGUCCUGGUUGUAAAAAGGGUAAAAGUAAAUCAUUGUUUUAAUAGUAAUUUCACAGGCUUUUUCACCUCACCUGCAAAUUCUUUGUAAACCAUGUUUUACUUUUUCACUGUCUGUAUUACACCUGUUAUAAUUUGUAUAAAUAAAUCAAACUAAUUAGAAUCUAUAGAGCAGCUUGAAGUGAUACAUUCUAAUGUGUGCUCAACCCACCUCUGUUCUCUCUCCAUCUGCCCUCUUCUGUCACCUUCUCUGCUUCUUGUUGUUGGUGUCUCCUUUGUCUAUCCUCUUCUGUUAUGGUCCGUUCUGUUCUUCCGGUGUCUCUCUCCAUCAUAGCCUAUUCUUCUGUUGCUGUCUCUGUGUCUUGUCUGAUGUGUCUUUCUCCAUCAUAUCCUACACUUAUGUUGCUGUCUCUGUAUCUUGUCUGGUGUGUCUCUUUAGUUUUGCAAUCCAAAACGGUCAAGGGGAUACUCGGGUAGCUUAACUUGUUUUGGGCCUGUGUCUAGGUCACUUAAAUCAUCCUCUUUCCUACCAUUUGCCCUUGGCUGCUACUGUUCUAAGUGCUCCACUGGCCUGCGGUUCUCAUCUGUCCUCCUCCUUGGCUCAUCUGAAAGGUAGCAAGGUAGAGGUGCAACAUGUCAUUAGUUAGUUUUAAAGGGCGACUACACUUCCUGAUUUGGCCUAGUUUUAGAUUUGGUUCAUUAAGAAAUGCUAGCGGCCAUGACUGAAUUCAAAUGUGAGUUGGUUUCAUGGUGUGGUUUGAUGUGGGUGUCUCGUGUGUGUUCGCAGGUGGGAAGAGUUAGCCAAAUUAUUUUGUCAAUUAGCUUGAGCCAGCUGAUGUGCAACCUGACUGACUCAGCCUUAGGAUAACCUAUCUCCGGGACUAGUUAGGCACCGUCAAUAAAUUACACAAUGUAAAUUAGACCAUUUUCAUGUUGCACACCUUUUAGCUUUCAAUAUUUGUACAUACAUGUCUACAAUUUAUAGUUGGUUUGAGGGUUUAAGUCAUUCAAAUGUGGAGCUAUUGGAAUUGUAACAUAAUGUGCCAUAUACAUUUAAUAAAUUACCAAUGGUCCCUAACUAGCCCCCAUAGGGAUAUCCGAAGUCAACCCAAAUUUACCACAGGCAUUACGAUUGGGUCGCGUGCAGCUGCACUCCAAAUGUAUGAUUACUUGUGUGCUGCCAGCUGUGGGCAUGUGGGCAGGAUUGAAACAACCCCAACCUUUAUUUAUGUUGUGAUGCAGUCACGACCACAAGUCUCACAAAUCUCCGUUUUGGAUGAGACUGACUUUAUGACCAGAAUUAUCCUAUUUACACUUUAUAGUCAAUUUUGACAGUAGAAUAAAUGUUUCUGACUCAUAUCGGUGCCACAUAGGCUAUUUUCUAAAUGAGAAGUUGGUUUUUAGGGGCAGUUGCUCUUUUAAAGUGACUGUAUACUGACAUGACCAGGGCAACUAAACUGAAAAGAAAAAUGUGUCCACAUAACAGUGCAACACAACUCCAAACAUGACAUAUAAGAAGCUACAUAGCCCCUAGGCUAUAUUAAUAUUAAGAGAUGUGAGCCCCAAAAAUUGUCCUGUAGAAUGGAAUGAGUUAUAAGACCUUUGUCAGUUCUACCAGCUAAUGUGAGAUAUUUAGAUUACAUAACAUUUGUGGACACAUAACUUAAGGGCCUAUGUAGUUUCAAUGUUUUGUUCACCUACAAUCACAAAUAACCACAAAGCUGGCCAUCUUUUCCCUCUCUUUCUGGCUGCCCUCCCCCUUCCCUUCUAAGCUCAAGUUCAAGUUUGUUUAUUUGUCAUAUACACAUGAUAUACAUGGAGUACACAGUGCAAUGAAAUGCUUACUUGCAAGUUAACCUCUCAACAAUGCAACAACAUUAGAAAAAGUAAGUAGCUAAGUGAAUAAAAAUAGUAAUACAAAUAAAAGCUCAAUGAAAUAAUUUCACCAAUUUAAUAAUGGGCAGUUUUUUUUUAGUUUUUUUGUUUUUACAAAUAGUUACAUAACAUACAGUAUAUGGAAAUAACAGACAUGAGCCAAGCAUGUUUACCUGUAGAAUGGAAUAGGUCAUUAGACCUGUAGAAUGGAAUAGGUCAUUUUGUCAAUUCUACCACCUCAACAUUGCUAACUUUAAACAGGGUUAAAUAUAAUGUAAAGUUGUGAAAUCUCUACCAAUCACAGCAGUCACCGCGUCACUCCAGGGGCUUCAUGCAGAGCCUGCUACUGCCUAGAGCAAUAUAUUGUAUUGUUGAUUUUUGUCAUAAAAAUGUGAGUAGAUUUUUUUUUUGUUAAUACUGCGUGGUGCAGGUUAUGGAAACUCACAUCAGACUGAAAUUUAAAAUAAAGGUUUCAGGCUGGACCAAAAACAUCCAGGGCUGAAGCCCUGGAAGCCCAUGCCUAAUGACGAUGCUGUUAACUGCUUCUGUUUCAGUAGGUUUACUCCCUGUGAUUGACUCAUUGAUGUGUGUGGUCUGGGCCUGGCUGUUGGUGACGCUUUCUCUGUUGUCCUCGGUCUCUCACACACUCACUCCUCAGCUUCAGUUACUACCCUAUCUUUUUUCUUCCAGUGACAUUUUAAUUCUCUCCGCUUUUGCUUUAUCUUCAUGCUAUGUUAUGGUGAAGCAAUGUAUUGUCCUUAAUCAGAAAUCUUCCCAUGUCUCUCUUUUCCUAUGUACCUGUAAUGCCAAGAUUGGUUAUAGAGGAACAUUUAAAACAUAUUACUAUUGUUUUGAAGUUAACUUGAAGUGAGAAGUAUAUGUUGGUUAUUUCUGUGCAGCUGUGUGAGUGUGUGUGCUGUGUAUAUCACCUGGCCCCUGGCAUGCCUCUAUCUCCCUCCACAGGGUAGCAGAAUGGACGAGCAGAGAUGCACCUUCCCUCCACCCCUCAAAGUGAGUCUAGUCCAUCCUCACAUUUCCCCACAGACUCCCUGUGGACAAAGGCUCCAUUAUGGCAGAGCCUUGAACCUCUCCUUAUCUCCCGUCAGACAGGCUUUCAGACACACACCGCUCAAAUUAGAACCCCAGCGUUACAAACCUCAGCAAUCUUAUCACACAGCUAGACUACUUGCAGUGUUGGAAAGCUGGAUUGUGUAACAUAUCCUCGGCGGGUCGGCAGUCUGUGUCCGAUUAAAGGGAUGCUCGCCAAGGCUCUGAGUGUCACAAUAGUGGACAAUAUGGAUGUGAAUACAUUGUUGCGUUUAUUGUGGUGGACACUCAAAAAAUUGGGUCGAAUUAGUUGGGUUAGCCCACCCAAUAUCGGUAUGAGUCAAUGUGGUUUCAAUCUAUGAUUUCAUGUGGGUUCCUUUCAUUCUAGUUAUGUGCUUUGAUCAUUUGCAUAUUGGUUGAUUGUGCUAUCAACAUAAAAGUCACAUGCUGCAUUUAUGAGGGGACUAUGAUGGUAAAUGGAAAUGUUUUGUUUAUUAUCAUAUGUGGUUUUCUUGCAGACAGAGGAGGACUAUAUCCCUUACCCCAGCGUUCACGAGGUACAAACAAUCUAAAACUGACUCACAUAUGGAGCUGUGCAUGAUACAAACCAUCGGAAACUGAAAUCUGUAUCACAUAUAGAGCUCUUUGAUACAGCAUAAAUGGUCUGAAUGAACCCACAGUGUGGUUGCCCUUUAUCUGCUAUUGAAUUUAAUCCCAUGAAUUGUAUUUAUUUUCAUUUAACUUUAUUAACUUCAUCAUCCUGGUUGGUAUCAGGUCCUGGGUCGUACGAGCCCCUUCCCCCUCAUCCUGCUGCCUCAGUUCGGAGGCUACUGGAUCGAGGGGACCAAUCACAAACCCAGUGCCACACCUGAGCCUGAGCAGAAGCCAUGUGCUGCCUCCCACAUCAAGCUGGAGACCAACAGCACAGCCAAGAUCUACAGGAAACAGUUCAUGGGCAAGGUGAGCAUCAUCUGAUAAGCACCAUUCUGCUCCCCACUUUUUUUUAUGGAGUUUUCAUUCCAUCUGAAAGAUUGAAAUAGAAAUAGAACACAAGGAAGUAGCAUAUUUCUUUGCUAGCUGAGAGUCCCUCAAAAUGAUUACAUCACAGGCUGAGGCUAAGUCCAUUCAUUCUCCUGGCAGGGGACUGUGUUUCUAACAAAUUAAAGUAUUUUCUGUAUGUACCACUGUUGAGUUAGCUGGAGGAGCUUCUGUCUGUUUGAGCAGUGGAGCUGAGGGGGACUAGGCCAGUCAGAGGAAUAAUGAACAUUACCUGAGGUGUGGAUUAUUUGUUAUCUGAGUGUACUGCCUGGUGAUGUCUCUAUAGGAACACUUUAAUUACUACUCCAUGGACAUCGCCCUGGGCCACCUGGUCUUCUCCAUGAAGUAUGAUGUCAUCGGGGACCAGGAGCACCUCUGCUUGCUGCUAAGGUACCAAUUCCUAUUAUCUUUAUUUCUCCCCUGCCUCCUCUUUCUCUCUACAAACCACAGGCGGCUGGUGGCACCUUAAUUGGGGAGGACGGGCUCAUAGUAAUGGCUGGAACAGAAUAAAUGGAAUGGUUUUAAAAAAAAAACAUCACACAUGUUUGAUACCAUUCCAUGCACACUCUAUUCCAGCCAUUAUUAUGAGCAGUCCUCCCAUCACCAGCCUCCUGUGCUACACACUAUUUGUCUCUUCUCCUGUCUCAUUUCUCUAUUGCCCACUGCCCUUCUCCCCAUUCUCUUCUGUUUUCACCACUCUCUCUAUCUCUCUCCCCAUGUCCCGCUUUCUUUCUCCCUCUCUCUCUAUCUCUCUCUCUCUCUCUCUCUCUACCUCUCUCCCCAUGACCCGCUCUCUUCCUCCCUCUCUCUCUCUUUCUCUCUCCUCUCUCUCUCUCUCUCUCUCUCUCUCUCCUCUCUCUCUCUCUCUCUCUCUCUCUCUCUCUCUCUCUCUCUCUCUCUCUCUCUCUCUCUCUCAUUAUACUCCCUCUCUCUCUUAUCUCUCUAAUCUCUCUUAAAUCUCUCUCAAUUUCAAUUUAAUUUCAAUUUAAGGGCUUUAUUGGCAUGGGAAACGUAUGUUAACAUUGCCAAAGCAAGUGAAGUAGAUAGUAAACAAAAGUGAAAUAAACAAUACAUAUUAACAGUAAACAUUACACUCAGAUGUUCCAAAAGAAUUAAGACAUUUCAAAUGUCAUAUUAUGUCUAUAUACAGUGUUGUAACAAUGUGCAAAUAGUUAAAGUACAAAUGGGAAAAUAAAUAAACAUAAAUAUGGGUUGUAUUUACAAUGGUGUUUGUUCUUCACUGGUUGCCCUUUUCUUGUGGCAACAGGUCACAAAUAUUGCUGCUGUGAUGGCACACUGUGGUUUUUCACCCAGUAGAUAAGGGAGUGUAGUAUCGAGUAAUGCUGGCAAUUAUUGCUGAUAAACAAAGGAGUCCGCUCAUACUGAACCUUGAUCAUAAGUUUAUUCAUAUCACAAGCUUUCAGCAUGAGUUACAGGUGUCAAGAUCACCCGGAGAACGGCAUCCCCCGAAUUGCAAUGGCCGCUCUAACCUCUUCGUCGUUUUUACCCAGUAUUAAUAAUCUUCCCAAGAUAGGGGUGGCUCCCUCUACUGUCCAAUCCCCUGUCUACAACACACAGACUUCUCUGUCCUAUCCGGGGUGUCACAUUAAAACCGGCUCUCUUUCUGCUAAAUAAACAUCCUUUCAGGUUCCACUUAAAAACAUUAACAAAGACAUAAUCCUAAUACACUACAGGAGUUUAUCAGAAUUGGGUUUGUUUUCGAAUUCUUUGUGGAUCUCUGUAAUCUGAGGGAAAUAUGUGUCUCUAAUAUGGCAGGAGGUUAGGAAGUGCAGCUCAGUUUCCACCUCAUUUUGUGGGCAGUGUGCACAUAGCCUGUCUUCUCUUGAGAGCCAGGUCUGCCUACCACGGCCUUUCACAAUAGCAAGGCUAUGCUCACUGAGUCUGUACAUAGUCAAAGCUUUCCUUAAGUUUUGGUCAGUCACAGUGGUCAGAUAUUCUGCCAAUGUGUACUCUCUGUUUAGGGCCAAAUAGCAUUCUAGUUUCCAAUGUGUCAAGUAAUUCUCUUUUUGUUUUCUCAUGAUUUGGUUGGGUCUAAUUGUGUUGUUGUUGUUGUCCUGGGGCUCUGUGGGGUCUGUUUGUGUUUUUGAACAGAGCCCCAGGACCAGCUUACUUAGGGGACUCUUCUCCAAGUUAAUCUCUCUGUAGGUGAUGGCUUUGUUAUGUAAGGUUUGGGAAUCGCUUCCUUUUAAGUGGUUAUAGAAUUUAACGGCUCUUUUCUGAAUUUUGAUAAUUAGCGGGUAUCGGCCUAAUUCUGCUCUGCAUACAUUAUUUGGUGUUUUUCGUUGUACACAGAGGAUAUUUUUGCAGAAUUCUGCAUGCAGUCUCAAUUUGGUGUUUGUCCCAGAAGGCCCUUCUUGCCUUGUCUCUCAGAUUGUUCACAGCUUUGUGGAAGUUACCUGUGGCGCUGACUCUUUUUGUGGCCUCCUCUCAGGCUCUCUUCAGCCAUUAAAGGACUGCAGGUGCUUUUCAAUAACACCUAACCCAGAGCAGAGGACAUCUGUCUGCUUCAGCCUCUAAUAGUGUUUGUUAAGCAGUCCUGUCCACAUUUCCAUCCCUAUCCAGUUCUACUAUGUGGUCAGGGAGAGGUUCAUUUAGCUUAGCAUGGCAGCACUCUAGCCUUAAAUACUGGCCAGGCCAGCCUGUACACUGCGCUAGCACAAACACACCCAUCUCUCCCCAACAUGUUCACUCACUGUGAAAUUAUCAAUUCGACCACGUUAUAACACUAAUGAUAGAGUAGGAAGGAGGGAGGCAGCACUGAACGCUCCAUAAAAGCUGUGAAUGAAUUUUACAACCCUAGAGAGAGCACUCCAGCUGUAAUGGCUGUUGUGUUAGUUAGUGUGCUCAGUUUGCAGGUGGUGUAUGCCUGAGAAUUAUGGCUGGCUGAGAGUACGUAGGUAUGUCGGUUCAUGUGCCUGCUGUGCUGUCACUGAAAAGACAGUAGGUGUGAACAGGUUAUGUUGCUCAUAGUUGACUGUGGCAAGGCGGGCUAUGCAAAUCGCCAUUGUAUAUCCACGGCAUCCAAGGAAAGAUGAUCCACAUUGGUUUUGCAUCACAUUUGCAUCAGCAGGGAUGUCAACAAAAUGAGAAGGAUUUCUUUUUUUAAAUGGGACCAAAGUGUUGAAGAAAAAAUAGAGAAUCCCCUUUCUAAAGACAGAAUGCUGAAUAUCUAUGAAACUAUUCCAUCAAUUUGUCUUUUAGGACCAAAUUAAAAACCCACCAUGAUGUGAUUCCUAUCUCCUGCCUGACUGAGUUCCCCAACGUGGUCCAGAUGGCCAAGGUAGGAUGACAGACAUCCCAGAAGGAGAUAUUAAUGCUCCGAGCCGGUUGAGAACGGUUGGAAAGGGAUUUACUGGAUGUGAAGUUGAAACAAAAGUUAUUGUAUAAAGUUGCAAUGGCAGGAGGAAAAGUUUAGUUUUUAUUUUGCAGCUGGUGUUUGAAGAGGUAAACGUGGACAGAUUUUACCCGGUCAUCUACCCGAAGGUAGGCUCUGUUUUCAUCUUGAAAUUAUUCAGUUACAUGGUCAGCACUGUACAUUUACAAUGGAGUAGCUAACUAUAACUAUUUUAUUAUACAAUAAUAGUAUGGUCCAGCAAGGAGCAUUUAUUGCUGUAUUAAUAUUUAUUUCUCAACUACAGUGUAUUUAUGUUCCCCCCUCAUUGCUUUACAUUGAUGCAAGUCACAUUCACCUUGACUCUGCUGAAUGCACUACUCUAAUUUUUCCAGGCCUCAAGGCUCAUUGUCACCUUUGAUGAGCAUGUCAUCAGCAACAACUUCAAGUUUGGAGUCAUUUAUCAGAAGUUUGGCCAGGUGAGUGGUAUAUAGCCUGUGGUAGUAAAAUCAUUUAAAGUCAUAUACAUUUAAACAGUUGGUUGCUUCCCGUAUUUGGAGGAUUAUUAUGACUGUGCUACUUCCUGUUCAUCAUAGCACUCCAGCUUAGCCAUUCUCAGGAGAGUUUAGGUGUAUGAACUUCUCCCUCCUUCCCAAACUAAGAGGAUUUGCUGUGCCACCUCCAGAGGAGGCCUGAUUGAUUUCCUGUUGAGCUCAGAUGUAAUAUUUCCUCUCCACGGCCUUUUAUUUCUCCCUGCAGACCACCGAGGAGGAGCUAUUUGGGAACAGUGACGAGAGUCCUGCUUUUGUAGAGUUCUUGGAGUUUCUGGGGGACAAGAUUGAGCUCCAUGACUUUAAAGGGUAAGCGUGGCCUUAGAAUGGUAUUGACAUGGCAGAUGAAAGACUGGUCAUGUCUCUAUCGAUUACAAUUGACUUUGACAUGACUCCCUGAAUGAUGACACUGCAGUCGUUCAGACGUCUAGAACCUCGUUUAUUAUAGUAGAUCUGCUCUGAUUCUCUCGAUUUAGAGCAAUAUAAUAUUCUGAGUGAUACUGACAUUAUGAUUGAGUGGAAGGGGAUAACUGCCCUUGGCAUUCACUCCAUGAUGGAUGAGACAGAGUGGUGUGGAUGCGCUGGCUGAGACGACCUGUGCUACUGCUGUUGGUAAUGUAACGGUCUGGUUCACACUCUGGUUCUGCAGGUUCAGAGGAGGACUGGACGUCACCCAUGGCCAGACAGGAACAGAGUCUGUCUACACUAACUUUCACAACAAGGAGAUCAUGUUCCACGUGUCCACCAAGCUGCCAUACACAGAGGGAGACUCCCAGCAGGUAACUAGCUCAGUCAGGCCCUAUCCUGUCUGUCAUUAUGUCUGUCAGUAGCUAGAUUGGAUGUAUAGUAUAUCUACUUCAUUUCUAUCAAGAAACAUCACUGGGUAAUUGGUACAGGUUUGUCAAAUCUGAGAAAAAGAAAAAGAUCCCCAGGGGCUAGCCACCAUGAACAGCACUGUUAUUAUUUUCACUGUUUUUCUUUACUCCUGUUGGUGUGCUCAGUGACCCUGUCUGUUUUGACCUGAAGGGGCUAUUUCUCAUGACAAGUUGUCACUUCCAUGAAGAUGAAUAUGGAGUAGCUAGGCAUGGGCAACAUGUAGUUUCUCAUUUGAGGACACAGUUUGGUGGCUUGAUGCUUUCUCCUGCUGCUUUGAGUGACCUUAGCUACCUCACCUGCCCCACUGGGAGAACCAUCCCAAGGAGAGUCCUUAUUCUCAACAGAUGAAUGAGCAGCAGAGCUGAGCCAUGUGGACAGACAGACACACAUAAAGACGCAGGGGAUACCCAUGUAGGCUAAGACGAGCAGAGAUUCACUGUGACACCAACGAGAUAAAGGCAAAGAUGAACAGACACAAUGUGUUGAGAGGAAGAGGAAGGAAAACAACUAGCAGUCUAAAGCUGAGGCUGACCUGGCGUUGAGCCUGUGUUGAGUUCAUUAUUGAAAGUCUGUGUUUCACCAUGGUUAUACAUGACAGCUCUCACUCCCUCGCUGUCCAUCUGCUCUCAUGCAUAGUGGAUGUUCUGGUACCAUCUGGCCCCUACUGGCGUGUGUGUGUGUGUGUGUGUGUGUGUGUGUGUGUGUGUGUGUGUGUGUGUGUGUGUGUGCAAACAUCAACAACAGGCCUCAAAGAGUUCCCACUGCCCAAGAGCCAGACCAACCAUGCAACACAAGAACCCUGCUCAACAUAAUGCUACUACUGUAUAAAAUGGCCUUUGAACUGCCUUUGAACUUGUCAGGUGAUCAGUCCUGAGUCUCUCACUUACUUUUUUUUAUGAGAUUAUUAAAUAGAUAAAGCCUCUAUGACAAUAACAACUCUUCCUUAUUUCUCCAGAGCUUGAAACAAAUGGUUUAUUGUUUUCAUGUGUAAGACACAGUGCCAAAAUACACAACUAUAAAGCAAUUCAGCAGCCAACAAGAGAGGAAAUAUCCAUAAAGCCCUGAAAAUAAAUAUUUGCCUUAAUGUUUUAUUCAGACAAUCAAUAUGCUCUGUGUUAUUUUAUGACAGUACUUUGCCCUGCAGUAAAUGUCAUUCAUCAACAGGUGUCAUGUGGCCCUGCUGUGUAGAAUAAUUCCCCUAUGUUCACAAUGGUGUGCAGAAUAACAGGGAAACUGGUGACUGAUCAGUGAGUCAACACAUGUUAGAGAGCAGGUGCUAAGCUGCAGAGGCCUAUAAUCACAGUGCAGGGAAAUAGGUUCUGUCCUUUUCAGUCUCCAAUCACUGAAUGGGCUAUAGGCCGCCCUAUGCCUUUCAAUAUGCAUCACAUGACCGCCACUGUUUGAUGAAAACUAAUUGUAGAGAGAUGUUUCAUACCUACAAUUAGUAAGCACAAAUUGUUUCUGUAGUAGACUAUGCAUUUAGUGGAUUAUUUGCCUAUUUAAUUAAUCUAUAUAGGUGUUCUUGGCUGACCUAAAUGUAGUGGUAAAGUGUAUGACCGUAAUGGUGACACUGUUGUUUGUGCUGUUGUGUUUGCAGCUGCAGAGGAAGAGGCACGUAGGCAACGACAUCGUGGCCAUCUUGUUUCAGGAGGAAAACACACCCUUUGUGCCAGACAUGAUAGCCUCCAACUUCCUGCAUGCCUACGUGGUGGUGCAGGUGGAGAAUGCCUGCUCAGACAACGUCACAUACAAGGUACUGUUAGCCCAGGGAUAGUCAGACUCCUCACAGUCUAUAAACCUGUUCAAGCCUCCUAUUUCAAUACAUAGAGACUCGGCCCAAGGCAACCUGCAUAUUCCUUAUUAGAAAUCAAUCAGUAACUGACUGGCGACUAACUGUCCUGCUUGUUCCUGCCUAUUACCUGCCUCAUAAAUGUUUAUAGAGCCUAGUCAGUGUUAUGUGAUUUAGUGGUGGCAUAUGGGCUGUUGUCAUUUGGAUACAUUCUACCUCUCUUCUACCCCUCCAGGUGUCUGUGACAGCGAGAGAUGAUGUGCCUUUCUUUGGACCCGCUCUACCGGACCCAGCCAUCUUUAAAAAGGUGAGAAGUCAUGAAUCUAAAUAAUGCAUAAACUAGGUGAGCCCAUGAGAGGGACAACAUAUUAAUUUAGACUUUCCUCCUCCCUCCUUUUCUUCUCUAGGGACAUGAGUUCCAUGAGUUCCUGUUCACCAAGCUGAUCAAUGCGGAGUACGCCUGUUACAAGGCUGAGAAGUUUGCCAAACUGGAGGUGAGAGCAGGAGCAUGCCACGGCAUGCUGUGCAGUGUGGGGGCAGAGUCACGCUGCUCUCGCUGCACCACUUACCGUACUGUCUGUCUGUGUGUUUGUGUGGAUGCUGUAUGUGAGGGUGAAUGACUGGAUCAUGGCAGUUUGCAGCUCAUGUUCCUUUGUUUGUAUCUCUGUAAAGGCACGUUUGUGUCUCUGUGUGUGCGUUCGUGUGUUGAACUGUAUUGUACACUGAAUGCCUGCAGAAAUGUCUGCACAAGUGUUUACAUGUCAUUGAUUUCUAUUGAGGACACUAUCCUCUGACUGAUGAGUGUGUGUUGUUGUCAGGAGCGCACGCGGUCGGCCCUGUUGGAGACCCUGUAUGAGGAGCUACACAUCAACAGCCAGUCCAUGAUGGGCCUGGGAGGGGACGAGGACAAACUGGAGAAUGGGGCUGGGGGGGGGGGGGGGCUUCUUUGAGUCCUUUAAGGUAACCCCCUACUAUGUAAGGUGCAAGCUUAAUCGGGCACUUGACCUGCAUGAGAGAGGUUGAAUAUUGAAAAAUAAAUGCUUUCUUUAUUUCCUGGAAGGGAUUCUGGGUAUUCAUACAUUCAAAAUAAGGCACAGAAAAGGAAGUGCCAGUAUAAGUGCUCUCUGGAAGUGCCCUGAUGCUGUUGAAGAUUGGCUGUUGCCAUAUCAUAUCUCAUUGUGUCACGUGACCAGAGGAGGAUCAGGGAGUUGGGAGCAUCCCUGUCGAUGUGCAUCCAGCACUCUGACUCUAAAUCCUCUAUCAAUGACCAUUAGGGUGGUGGAGCGUGGGCAAGGCAGUGAGCCAUGGCAGUGGAGGAGCUGUGAUUGUGUGUCUCUGACGAACACUGUAAUGGCCUCAUUAGGGAGCGGAUGAGCCUGUCCGCAUGGCUCCCCAUCUGCCACUCUGCUCUCUUCCUCUCUGGCUCUGUCUCUGGCUUGUCUAUCUCUCGCUCUCUCCUUUCUUGUCUCUCUCUGUCCCUCCCACUUUCUUUCUGUCUGUGCCACUCUCGCAGGUAGCUUAGUGGUUAAGAGCGUUGUGCCAGUAACCGAAAGGUCGCUGGUUCUAAUCCCCGAGCCGACUAGGUGAAAAAUCUGUCGAUGUGCCCUUGAGCAAGGCACUUAACCCUAAUUGGUCCUGUAAGUCGCUCUGGAUAAGAGCGUCUGCUAAAUGACAAAAAAAUGAAUAAUCAAAUACGGUCCUGCACAAUCUCCAUCACAGGUUAUCAUUAGAAUUCAGGGUUAGUGUGGUUAAGGCGAUGUUUAGGAUCCAUACACACUCACCGACCGUGUCUCUCUCUGUACUCUGUAGCGGGUGAUCCGCAGCAGAAGCCAGUCUAUGGAUGCCAUGGGCCUCAGUAACAAGAAGCCACACACUGUCUCCACUAGUCUCAGUAGCAGCUUUACUGAGACCCCCAAAACCCCAGGGAUAGUAAGUAACCCUUUUGGUUUUACCAGAGGCCCACGUGGGCCUGUCUACUGACUCCCCUGUAGUAGACACUUACCCUCCCCUAACAACACCCAAUACCAACUACUGCAUACCCUAUCGUCUCUCCCAUGUGGGAUAGUCAUAUACCGUCUGUACCUACCUGUGCUCAAAUCCCUUGAUUUAACACAAUGUUUCAUAUAUGGUAUGAGCAAGAGUUUUAAAUACUACCCCCCCCCCCCCCCUUACCUUUACCCUCAUAUCUGUCACCUCCAUAGUUUGCCAUUUUCCAUGACUUUUUCCAUGGCAUUUUCAAAUGAACCACUGUUCAUUUUAAAGUAAUGUUUAUUUUCAUGUCGUGAGAAUGGGAAAGGGAAAGGGGGAUACCUAGUCAGUUGUACAACUGAAAUGUGUCUUCCAUGUCAUACAAAGUCAUGCUCAACCCUAAAUCAUAUUCAUUUCAUAUAGUUCAAUCUAGUUAUCAGGGAUGUUAGAUGUAACUGGACUUGGUAUAAUGGUAUAAUCUGCUCACAGACCUGUUGAGGCUAUAAGUAGGUGCUGGUGUGCUUUUUGGAAAGUUUAUUUUAUGUGAAUGAUCUCAAAGAACCUUUAACCCUUUCUGCCACUUCAUAGACUUUGUGGGCUUUUGAGUCUCAUAAGAUUGUGAAGCUUGAUUUGCUUUCUCUGGCAACCUGAGAGCCAUUUGAAAAGAGAUAAGUUUAGCUGUCAGACUACCCAGAGUCCCUCCCUUGUUACCUUGCUGUCAUGAGUGUUUCAUGGGCGCUGCAUGAAGCCAGUCUGGCAUGGAGCUGUGCAUGGCAGGCAGUUGCGGAGAUAAGAAGUGUAUGCAUGCAUCUUUUUCCACUUUGUGUCACUGUACAGGUUGCAAGUACUCUGGUAGGCAAUUCAAAGAAACAGCUGCUAGUUAACUAUUAGUUUACUAAUGACAUUUUUACUACAUUCAAGAAGUAAAUCUGCCCUCUCACAUGCUAACUCUUUGGAUUGUGCCAGUCCCUCCUCUUCAUCUCUCUAUCUCUCAUCUGCCUAUUUAAACAGGUCCACUCUGUUGUUUGACAAACUCCUCCUUGUUUUUGUUCAUUCUCAUGAUAAGGAAAGAAGAGUGAGACCAAGCUACAUGGGCUAUUAUUCAAUUUCCUUCCGCACUCUGUGGUCUCUAACUCUAGUCCAGCUUUCAAUGUGAAUGGCCUUUCAAUGUGUGCUCAAUAUGUCUCCUGUCUUCUGUGUCUUAUGGUGUACUGUGAGCUCACAUUCUAAUUUGUACCUUGCUGUUCAAAUGGUUCCUGCUGCAUGAAAUGUUGUGGUGUAUUAUUGUAUCUUCUCCUCUCAUUCUCUUUCUCUUUCUCUGCUUCCUCCUCCCCUGUGUGAUUCAGUCAUUACUUGUCCCAGGGAAAAGUCCCAGUAGGUAUCAUGGACGUCGCGGCAGUGCCAUAGGGAUAGGAACAAUAGAAGAGGUUCAUGUAUAAAUCUCCCUUCUAAUGUGCUAUUUCUCUGCUCUUUUCUUCGCUUACUUGUGUGGUUCUAUGUCUCUUUGCAUGACUCAAUUACUGUUGCUUUCUGCUGAAACCAAUAUUUCUAUAGCCAUCUAUAAAGCAAUCAUUUUCUACAUCUCAAGUGUGGGGGGGAAAACCACUGGGAUGUAAGAAAAAUAUAAUUUAGGUAUUAAAGAUUUUAUGAAGAGUAUCCAUCACAAAAAUGGAAAGGUCUGUGAGAAUAAUGACUGGUUUAUUACCUUCCUUUGUGGAUCAAUUCCUAUCUUUCACUCGUACAACAUGAUGGAGUAGCUAAAAUAGUAUUUCACCAACAAGCCACUGUCACUUCAUUUUAGUCCCCCCAUAACGUUUCUCAUGUGAUGUAGAUAGCAAGUAUCAAAUACUGAAGGCAUUUGAGUCAUUGUGCUGCAGAAUCUCAAUGACAUUCAACAAAUGCCAUUCAACAAAUGCCUUUUUGAAUGGAGUUCACGUUUUCACUGACUGUAAAACAGACCAAGUCGUAUAUUAUAGCCGUACAGUAGCCUCUGUCUUUUACUAUAUAAGUCAUGCUAGAGGAAUAUAGUAUUGAGGCUGACUAACCUAGCCACUCCUCCCCAGUCUCUGAUAAUUCCUGGGAAGAGCCCCACCAGGAAGAAGUCUGGGCCCUUCAGCGCCAGACGGAGCAGUGCCAUUGGGAUCGAGAACAUCCAGGAGGUGCAGGAGAGGAGGUGAGAGGAGGGCUUCUUGGGCUAUCUGGAGAAGAAAGAGGAAAAUGGGGAGUGUCAGAGAGAAAGGAUAGAAAGAGAUGGAGAAAAUAAACAUACCAGAAGUACGUUCCAAUACCACAAGUCACUCUGAAUGGCGGUCAGCUGUCACGUGGUUGCAUUUUACAGAAGUGUCGCCGUUGCAUUAGCAUUAGUGGCUAACGUUAGCUAGCAGGUUAAGGUUAGUGUUAGGUUAAGGUUAGUGAUAGGUUAAGUUAAGGGUUAGGGAUAUGUUAAGGAUAGGGUUAGAGUAUGGCUAGCUAACAUGCUAAAGUACUUGCAAAACGCUAUUGUUGUGUUUAGCUAAAGUUGGUUAUUAGCUAAGACGCUCAAGUUGACACCGACGCAAUUCGAACACACAACCUUUGGGGUAAAGAGAGCGAUGAGGAUUUCAAAUAUAUGUCAGGUCACUGGAGAGACGUGUUGGUGUUUGACUCUUGGAAUGAUAUGCAUUUUAUGCACUGCAGAGCUAGCUAGCUGUAGCUUAUGCUUUCAGUACUAGAUUCAUUCUCUGAUCCUUUGAGUGGACAACGUCAGUUCAUGCAGCAAGAGCUCUGAUAGGUUUGAGGACGUCCUCCGGAAGUUAUCAUAAUUACUGUGUAAGUCUAUGGAAGGGGGUGAGAACCAACAGCCUUCUAGGUUUUGAAUUGAAGUCAAUGUACCAAGAGGAGGACGAAAGCUAGCUGUCCUCCGGCUACACCAUGGUGCUACCCUACAGAGUGCUGUUGAGGCUACUGUAGACCUUCAUUGCAAAACAGUAUGUUUUAAUCAAUUAUUUGGUGACGUGAAUAUAUUUAGUAUAGUUUUAUUUAAAAAGGAUAACUUUUUCAAUUUCUUUUAAUAAAAAAAUAAAUGAAAUUCACUGAGGAGGAUGGUCCUCCCCUUCCUCCUCUGAGGAGCCUCCACUGAUUAGCGGUAAUGUCUAAGAGCCCAUCCUGAUACCUCUCUAUCACCUCCUACCUCAGUCGGGAAGUGUCUCCCAGCACACAGAGGACUCCAGACAGUGGACACAUCUCCCAGGAACCCAAAUCAGAGAACUCAUCCAAUCAGAGCUCACCAGAGAUGCCCACCACAAAGAACAGGUGAAUAGACAGCACUUAAUAGUGCUGUCAAGCUCAUGCUGAAGAACAUGUGUAUAGUGUGUGUGUGUGUGUAGUGUGUGUGUGUGUGUGUGUGUGUGUGUGUGUGUGUGUGUGUGUGUGUGUGUGUGUGUGUGUGUGUGUGUGUGUGUGUGUGUGUGUGUGUGUGUGUGCGUGUGCGUGUGCGUGCGUGCAUAUUAGAGUGGUCAGAUUGACCCAGGUGUGUAGUUUGGCCAUGUGUUGCAGGGCCCCUUCUAUCCCUGAGGCCCAGGACCUUUCCCGCUCCUCGUCCAAUGCCAGCAGCUUCGCCAGCGUGGUGGAGGAACACGAUAACGAGGGCAUCGAGGAGUACGACACAGGACUGGUAGGAGCCCCUCUUUUCCGACCCUCAAUCACUAACAUACAUCACAUAGAGGUCAUGUCAAUAUAAUAGUGACACACUCAAAAUUAAUAAAAAGCUAAAGAUCCUGACAAUUGCGCUUGUGUUUUUGUUUGUUGCAGGAGAGUCUGUCCUUUUCUGGAACACCACACAAGAGGGACUCAUUUGCGUACGUCUCCUGGGUAGAGGAUAGUGUGAGCAGUACUAGUGCCACCAGCCAGGGCAGCUCUCCAGGUGAGUUGUUUCAAUAGUGUUUUCAAUACUGCCAUAAGGUACCAAAAGUUGAGUUUGUUUGUCAUGAUGGCCCAUUGUCUGCCCCUCCCUGACAGCACCUGCAUGGCCCCAGCAGCCUGAGGGGGGCAAAGGGGUAGAGCUCAAAAAGGCGGAGAGCCGAGACAAGACAGAGCGUUCACAGGAUAAGUCAUCAUCGGUGAGAUCGGUUUUACUCAUUUAACAAUCAGAUCCUCUGUAACAUAUCCGCUCGUUCACUGUACUAGCGGUGUACAUUGGAAGACAAAUUUCAUUCCGCUUACAUACAGGUAUAUAUAACCAUUUAUAAAUCUGCUUAUAAAUGUAUAAAUGCCCUAAACUUACCCUCUUCAUUGUUGUUCAGUCAUUGUGGUCUUUGUUAACCUUGUCAUUCUCUUUCUCUUUCUGUGUCUGUGUCCAGAACUGUUAGCCUCUCCCCAUUGAUCACUACAUGGAUGUCCAUUAGCAGGUACCUGGAGUUGUUCAACUCAGUAGAUGUAGCUUACUGACCAUGUGUUACCCAUGUCUGUAUUUGGGUGUUUGUGUGUGAUGACUUGUAGUAAAAAUAGUGUCUGACCCCAGUCCCCCUAUCCUCCCACAGCAUUCCCAUAAGAGGCACCCCCUGCAGGAGAUGAAGCAAGCGCACGUGUUUUCCACCACUGACGCAGAGGAGGAGCAGAGCUAG